AUGGUAGAAGGAGACUCUUAUGUGGAGACUUUAGACUCCAUGAUUGAAUUAUUCAAGGAUUACAAACCUGGUUCCAUAACUUUGGAGAAUAUAACACGACUUUGUCAAACUUUGGGUCUCGAGUCCUUCACAGAAGAAUUGAGUAAUGAACUUUCAAGAUUAUCGACGGCAUCUAAAAUUAUCGUGAUAGAUGUUGACUACAAUAAGAAGCAAGACAGAAUUCAGGACGUUAAACUCGUACUAGCAUCUAAUUUUGAUAAUUUUGACUACUUUAACCAACGAGAUGGAGAGCAUGAAAAAAGCAACAUUCUUCUAAAUUCCUUAACAAAGUAUCCUGAUUUGAAAGCUUUUCAUAACAAUUUGAAGUUUCUAUAUCUGUUAGAUGCAUAUUCCCACAUCGAGUCCGAUUCUACCUCCCAUAAUAAUGGGUCUUCUGACAAAAGCUUAGAUUCAAGCAACGCAUCAUUUAACAACCAAGGUAAACUUGAUCUUUUUAAGUAUUUCACGGAACUAUCACACUAUAUAAGACAAUGUUUCCAAGACAAUUGUUGCGACUUUAAAGUCAGGACCAAUUUGAAUGAUAAAUUUGGAAUAUAUAUUUUAACCCAGGGCAUCAAUGGUAAGGAAGUGCCUUUAGCCAAAAUUUAUUUAGAAGAAAACAAAAGCGAUUCACAAUACAGGUUCUAUGAGUACAUAUAUUCACAAGAAACCAAAUCUUGGAUAAAUGAAUCUGCUGAGAAUUUUUCUAACGGCAUUUCCUUGGUUAUGGAAAUAGUAGCAAACGCUAAGGAAAGUAACUAUACAGACUUAAUUUGGUUUCCUGAGGAUUUCAUAUCACCGGAACUUAUUAUAGAUAAAGUUACAUGUUCAUCAAACUCAUCUUCUUCGCCACCUAUAAUUGAUUUAUUUUCGAACAAUAACUACAAUAGUAGAAUACAACUGAUGAACGAUUUUACAACAAAAUUAAUCAAUAUUAAAAAAUUUGACAUAAGUAAUGACAAUCUAGAUCUAAUCUCUGAGAUACUAAAAUGGGUUCAAUGGUCGAGGAUAGUACUUCAAAAUGUUUUUAAACUGGUCUCCACACCUAGUUCAAAUUCAAAUUCAUCGGAACUUGAACCUGACUAUCAAGCUCCAUUCUCCACCUCGACUAAAGACAAAAAUUCUUCAACAUCUAACACUGAGCCAAUUCCAAGAAGUAACAGACAUGGAAGUGUAGUAGAGGCCUCUAGAAGAAGGCGUUCUUCAACUAAUAAAAGCAAACGUCCCAGUAUAACUGAAGCAAUGAUGCUUAAAGAAGAGGGUUUACAGCAAUUUAAUUUGCACGAAAUUUUAUCUGAACCCGCAAUAGAGGAGGAAAAUGGAGACAGCAUCAAAGAGCACUCUACAACUAUGGAUGGUGCCAAUGACCUCGGAUUCACCGCCUCUGUUUCGAAUCAAGAAAAUGCAGGAACUGAUAUUGUGAUGGAAGAUCAUGGUGUACUGCAAGGCACUAGUCAAAAUUAUGGUACUGCAACAGCGGAUGACGCAGACAUAGAAAUGAAAGACGUCAGUUCUAAGCCUAGUAAACCUGAAUCGUCGGUCUUACAACUAAUUGUAAGUGAAGAUCAUAUCAUUCUCGACACUAUUUCAGAAUGUAACUUGUAUGAUGAUGUAAAAUGCUGGAGUAAAUUUAUUGAAAAAUUUCAGGAUAUCGUUAGCUAA